AUGGCUUCAGACUCGCGAGACCGCGGCAUCCGCAUCGCCAUCGACCGCGGCGGUACCUUCACUGACUGCGUCGGCGAACUCAACGGCAAAGAGACAAUCAUCAAGCUCCUCUCCGAAGACCCAGCCAACUACGAGGACGCGCCACUCGAGGGCAUCCGGCGCAUCAUGUCACACUUCCUCGACCGGGACAUCCCCCGCGGCGAAGCCCUCGACACAAAGAGGAUCGAUUCCAUCCGCAUGGGCACCACCGUAGCCACCAAUGCUUUACUGGAGCGCAAGGGCGAGAAGAUCGCCAUGGUCGUGACAAAGGGGUUCAAGGACUGCCUCGCCAUCGGUAACCAGAGCAGGCCCAAGAUCUUUGACCUGGCGAUUCGGAAGCCAGAUGUGUUGUAUGAGAAGGUCGUUGAGGUUGAUGAGCGUGUUACGCUGGAGGAUUACGCAGAGGACCCGACGAGGCGUUUGACUGGGGUGUCUGCCAAGGCUGGAACGCCGGAGGCAGCGAAAGAGGAGCUUGUUCAGGGGACGUCGGGGGAGGCUGUGAGGAUAUUGCGGCGUCCUGAGGUACAGGGUAUCAAGGAUCAGUUGCAAGAGGUCUACGACUCGGGGAUACGGAGUAUUGCGGUGUGUUUGAUGCACGGCUACACCUUUCCCGACCACGAAGCCUUGGUCGGCAAGAUUGCAAAGGAGAUUGGCUUCAAGCACAUUUCUCUCAGUCAUGAACUCAUGCCCAUGAUCAAACUGGUCUCGCGAGCGACAUCCGUUUGCGCGGACGCGUAUCUGACACCAGCCAUCAAAAAGUACAUCUCGGGCUUUCAAGCUGGGUUUGAGGGCGGUUUAGGGACGAGGAGCGUUCAGCAAGAGGAAGGUGCUAAGGGCGCCCGAUGCGAGUUCAUGCAGAGCGACGGCGGUCUAGUCGACGUGGAAAACUUCACCGGCCUCAAGGCCAUUCUAUCCGGGCCGGCUGGCGGUGUUGUGGGGUACGCCAUCACGUCCUAUGAUGAAGAGACAAAGGUCCCCGUGAUCGGAUUCGACAUGGGCGGCACGAGCACCGACGUCUCUCGGUUCGGCGAGGGGCGAUAUGAGCACGUAUUUGAGACGACUACGGCCGGUGUGACUAUCCAGUCGCCGCAGCUGGACAUCAACACGGUCGCGGCGGGCGGCGGGUCUAUGCUUUUCUGGAAGAAUGGGCUGUUUGUCGUGGGGCCCGAGUCUGCUGGCGCGCACCCGGGUCCGGCGUGUUAUCGGAAGGGGGGCCCGGCGACUGUGACUGAUGCUAAUCUCUACCUUGGUCGUUUGCUUCCCGAGUUCUUCCCCAAGAUCUUUGGCGAGAAUGAGGACCAAGGGCUUGAUCCUGAGGCUAGUAGAAAGGUCCUGCAGGAACUUGCGGACCAGGUUAAUAAGGAGACUGGGAAGAGUAUGAGCGUUGACGAGGUGGCGUACGGCUUCUUGACUGUCGCCAACGAGACGAUGACGAGACCCAUCAGGUCCAUCACUGAAGCCAAAGGACAUGAUUCCUCCAAGCACCGAUUGGCAACAUUUGGUGGUGCCGGUGGACAGCAUGCUGUUGCCAUUGCCGAGGCUCUGGGUAUUCAGCAGAUUCUCAUCCACAGGUACUCUUCUGUAUUAUCAGCCUACGGCAUGGCACUCGCAGACGUCGUCGACGAGCGCCAGGAACCUGAAUCCAAGGUCUGGGAGUACCCCGGCAAAGCAGUCGAUGAGCUGAAGAGCAAGAUGGAGAAGCUCAAGGACAAGUCGCGCAAGGCCUUGCGCGACCAGGGUUUCGAUGAAAAGGAGAUUGUGUUUGAAGAGUACCUCAACAUGAGGUAUCGCGGUACCGAGUCCGCGUUGAUGAUUAUCAGACCCGAUCAGGACGAGCAGAAGGAUACCAAGGACUGGGACUUUGGCACGGCUUUUAUUCAGCAGCAUCGCUAUGAGUUUGGCUUCACCCUCGACGAUCGAGAUAUCAUUGUCGAUGAUGUGCGCGUUCGCGGUAUCGGAAAGAGCUUCAGGCAUGCGGAGAAGACGGUGGAUCAGCAGCUCAAGGAGUUGAAGAGACAGGAUGUGGAGCAGAGUAAGGCGCAUAACCGACAGCAGGUGUAUUUUGAAGAGGGCCGGCUUGAUACCCCAGUAUACAAGCUUGAGGACUUGAGUACCGGCGAGACUAUCAAAGGACCUGCCAUGCUGGCGGAUGGUACGCAGACUAUCGUGGUUACGCCAAAGGCCACUGCACUGGUUCUUGAUACUCAUGUCGUGAUCGAUAUCCAGAAGGAAGGGUCCAAAGAAGACGGAUUACCCAAGAACCAAGGCGAACGAGAAGUCGACCCGAUCAUGCUGAGCAUUUUUGGUCAUCGAUUCAUGGCCAUCGCAGAACAAAUGGGCAGAGCACUCCAAAAAACCAGCGUCAGCACCAACGUCAAAGAGAGACUCGACUUCUCCUGCGCCAUCUUUGACGCGACGGGCGGCCUUGUAGCCAAUGCGCCCCAUCUCCCCGUUCACUUGGGCUCAAUGUCAACCUGCGUCAAGCGACAGGCCGAAAUCUGGAAGGGUGAUUUGAAGAAGGGCGACGUUAUCAUUUCCAACCACCCUUCCUACGGAGGCACCCACUUGCCAGACAUCACCCUCGUGAUGCCGGCUUUCAACGACAAGGGCGACAAGAUCCUCUUCUAUGCCGCCUCGAGAGCGCAUCAUGCUGAUAUCGGAGGUAUCACGGCUGGUAGUAUGCCUCCCCACUCAAAGGAGCUGUUCCAGGAGGGCGCUGCGAUUAAGAGCGAGAAGCUUGUUAGCGAAGGACGUUUCGAUGAAAAGAGAGUGACGGAGUUGUUGUACAACGAGCCCGCGCAGUACCCCGGGUGCAGCGGAACACGUUGCUUGGCUGACAAUAUCAACGAUCUGAGAGCCCAGGUCUCGGCGAACCAAAAGGGUAUCGCGCUGAUUGAAGGUCUCAUUGCGGAGUACGGCGAGGAGACUGUGCAGUUUUACAUGGUGCACAUUCAGAAUAACGCCGAGUUGUGCGUCCGUACUCUGCUGAAGGAGGUUAGUAAGCGAUUCGAGGGCAAAGACUUGCAAGCGGUGGACUUCAUGGACGACGGCAGCCCGAUUCGUCUCAAGGUCACGAUCGAUGCUAAUAAGGGCGAGGCGGUAUUUGACUUCGAGGGUACCGGGCCCGAAGUCUACGGCAACGUCAACGCCCCCGAAGCCGUGACUUACAGUGCAAUCAUUUACUGCCUCCGCUGUCUUAUUUCAGAAGACAUACCCCUGAACCAGGGAUGCCUGAAGCCGAUUAACGUCAAGAUCCCGCCCAAAUCGCUGCUGUCACCGUCGGACGGGGCAGCCGUCGUGGGCGGCAACGUCCUGACGAGCCAGCGCGUGACGGACGUCAUCUUCAAGGCCUUCCAGGCGUGCGCAGCAAGCCAGGGCGACUGCAAUAACCUCACGUUCGGGUUCGGAGGGAAUGUGACGGGGCAGAAGGAGGUGAAGGGGUUCGGAUACUACGAGACGAUUGCGGGCGGUAGCGGUGCGGGGCCGAGCUGGGAGGGUACGAGUGGUGUGCAUACGCACAUGACGAAUACCCGCAUCACUGACUCGGAGGUGUUCGAGAGGCGGUAUCCCGUGAUUUUGCGAGAGUUUUCGUUGCGGAAGGGGUCUGGUGGUAAUGGGCAGCAUAGGGGUGGUGAUGGUGUCGUGAGGGAUAUCGAGUUCCGGAUCCCCGUGCAGGUGUCGAUUCUGAGCGAGAGGAGAGUGUAUAGGCCGUAUGGGCUUGCUGGCGGGGAGGAUGCUGAGGCUGGAUUGAAUGUUUGGGUGAGGAAGGUUGAGAAGGGGAGCUGGGAGAAGUCACUGAAGAGGUUGAAGGGUGCUGCUGGAGAGGAGAAGGAACAGGUGGUGGAGUAUGAGGAGCGGAGGUUUAACCUGGGAGCGAAGAAUAGCGCGCCGAUGAAGCCUGGGGAGAGGAUUGUUAUCAAUACGCCUGGCGGUGGUGGAUGGGGCAAAGUUGGGGCCGAGAAGGGGGUUAGUAGCAAGAAGGACCCGACGGAUGGGUGGAGGAAGGGGAGUCAUGCGAACAGGGAGGAUACUGCUCUGCAGGUCUAA